UCCCAUUCAGUCCCUUAAAAGGAAGUGACUGGACCAGAAUGGCAAAUUUUAAGGGCCAUGCUCUUCCAGGGAGUUUCUUCAUAUUGUAUGGCCUCUGGUGGUCAGUGAAAUGCCCACUAAACUAUAUCAGCAGGACAGUGAACAAAAACACACAGUGGAAACUCAAACAUCUGGAGAUCAUUGAAGGGGCAGCCAAAGCUGGCUUUUCACUAGUAGGGAUUCUUGCUGAGCAGUUUGUCCCCAGUGGACCCCACUUGAAACUCUACCAUGGACAGCCACCAAGUUGGGUGAAGUUGAUGAACUGGCAACAUUCCACGAUGUAUUUAUUCUUCUGCAUCUCUGGAGUAGUGGAUAUAGUCACCCAUUCCUUGACCAAAAUGCCUAUUGGACUGGACCGCUUCAUGCUCUCUAUUUCAUUCUUUGUGGAAGGCUUCCUCUUCUACUUCCAUGUCAGCCACCGGCCAAUGCUUGAUCAACACAUCCAUUCCAUGCUCCUGACGGCCAUCUUUGCUUCAGCUGCUACCAGCCUGAUACAAGCCUUCAUGCGUGACAAUAUGAUUUUGGACUUAUUUGCUUCCACCCUUGCUGUCUUGCAAGGAACCUGGUUUUGGCAGAUAGGUUUUGUGUUGUAUCCACCGUGGGGAGAACCAAAGUGGGAUGAGAACAACCAUGAGAACAUAAUGUUCAUCACCAUGUGCUUUUGCUGGCAUUAUGCCAUUGCAAUCCUCAUUAUUGCAGCGAACUAUUCUCUGGUCUAUUGCUGCAUCCAGAUCAAUAGAAGGAGCAACAGACAAAUCAGCAUUGGGCUUGGCAUAAGGAAGCAAAACAAUUCUCAUGUUCCCCUCUUAAAAGGAUCGGAUGAAGAAUAAGCCAGGCAGGAUGGAAAGAUAAUUCAUUUGUUUUUAUUCAUGUCCAGAAACUUGGAAAUAAAAUCAACAUUCCAAAAAUUAA